UUCCCACUUCCCCUGUUCUUCCUUUCUUCAUCUGCAUCAUCAGCAUCCUCUCUCUCCCUCUCUCCUUCUCUCUCUAGAGAUGUACAGGUUCGAGAGGUCGCUGAAAGACGAGAGGCAUCUGCGGGAGAUGAAGAGCAACAGCCCGUCUUUCUCGUCCACGCUCCUCGACGAGAUCUACAGAUCCAUCGACGAAUGCGAGCCGAAGCGCGAGCCAGAACGAAGGUUCCACAGGGAGGCGCCGUCCAAGAAGCAGAGCUCCCGCGGCAGUGCUCAGGUAACCCCGCAGCCCGCCUCCUUCGUCGAGAAGCGUGGCAGCGACAAGGCUGAUCCCGCGGCUGCGGCGGGCGCGAAGAGGGGCCAUUUCUCGCAGGAGCUGCUCCGGAAGCCGAAGCACGAGCCCGACCUCGACAGCGACGGGAUGUAUUUCAGCUCCACUUCCAUUUCUUCCGAUACGAGCUCGGGCGGGUUCUCGUUCUCGGACACCGAGUCCGUCAGGGGCGCGAAGACGACUCCUUCGUCCUCUUGCUUCGCACCGUUCAGGCUCAAGCCCGUGAGGACGCGAGUCGCCGCCAGAGGGGACGAGAGGCAGGGCGCUCCGUUUGGCGAACGGAGGGAGGGCCAGGAAGACCAGGGCAGCGCCCUCAGGUCCGCGGCGUCGCGGAUCUACGCCAACCUGAAGAAGGUGAAGCAGCAGCCGGUCUCGCCCGGCGGGAGGCUGGUGAGCUUCAUCAACUCCAUCUUCAGCACGACGCCGAAGAGCGCGAAGAGGUCCGAUCCCGCCGAGGCGAACCUCGAGAGGAAGUUGAAGUCGGGGCAGGCUUCCUCUUCCUCUUCCUCUUCCGCUUCCGCGUUUUCCACUGUUUCUUCGCUCUCGAGGCCGUGCCUGAGCAAGCGCUCGCCCUCGACGCGGGAGCGGUUCCGCAGCGGGGCCAAGAGGACGGUCCGUUUCUACCCGGUGAGCGUCAUCGUCGAUGAGGAUUGUAGACCCUGCGGACACAAAUCCCUACAUCAAGAAGGAGGAGGAGGAGGAGGAGAAAAACAGAGCAGCUCUGUUUCUGUCACGGUGCCGAAAGCUUGGAGGAUCGGGAAAUCUCAGCCUAGAAAAAUCGACCAAGAUCGGAGCUUAAAUCUGAAAGAUCUGCUGAUGGAGAAGAGCAGGCGAUUCGAAGAGAAUGCGAGAGAGUUGCUGAGAGACUAUCGCGAGAAUCAGAAGAAGGGUUUUGAGUUGAAGGGUCAUUGUGAAAAAGAAGUAGAAGAAGAAGACGACGACGAUGAUGAUGGUACGGCCAGUUGCUCGAGCUCAGAUCUGUUCGAGCUCGAUCAUCUCGCAGCGAUUAAUGACAAGUAUAGUUCAGAGCUUCCUGUGUAUGAGACAACUUAUUUUGAUAAGUGUCGGGUCAGUGGUAAGGGGUACAGACUGUAAUUCUUCAGUUCGAUCUCACAGAAUGGAGAAUUGGUGGAUUUUGUUUUGUCCUUA